GUUUUUAUCCGGAAGUAAUACGCCUUCAUUGGGUCAACGACAGCGCGGCGCACUGGGUAUUCGACCACAGCAAAUUUAGGCCGUAACUUCCUGCGUUACAAAAAGACGCAGCCAUGCCGCCUGGGCCUGUUCAAAUAGUUCAGCCGGAAUCCAACAAUAAGAACGAUGUGGCAGCAGAAGAAACCCCAGCCACUAAACCCAUCGUUGGUAUUAUAUACCCACCUCCUGAGGUCCGAAACAUAGUUGACAAGACAGCCAGCUUUGUUGCCAGGAAUGGUCCUGAGUUUGAAGCAAGAAUCCGUCAAAAUGAGAUCAACAAUCCAAAAUUUAAUUUCCUCAACCCCAAUGACCCGUACCAUGCCUACUACCGUCACAAGGUCAAUGAAUUUAAGGAGGGCAAAGCGCAGGAGCCAUCUGCAGCAGUGCCUAAGGUUAUGCAGCAGGCCAUGCAGCAGUCCCAGCAACUCCCUCAAAAAGUGCAGUCACAGGUGAUUCAGGAGACAGUAGUCCCCAAAGAACCACCUCCUGAGUUUGAGUUCAUCGCAGAUCCUCCAUCAAUCUCAGCAUUUGACCUGGACGUUGUCAAGCUCACUGCCCAGUUUGUCGCUCGCAAUGGCCGCCAGUUUCUCACUCAGCUCAUGCAGAAAGAACAGAGGAACUAUCAGUUUGACUUUCUGCGGCCACAGCACAGCCUUUUCAACUAUUUCACCAAACUGGUUGAGCAGUACACCAAGAUUCUGAUCCCUCCCAAAGGCCUACUGACCAAGCUGAAGAAAGAGGCUGAGAAUCCCAGAGAGGUUAUGGACCAGGUGAGGUACCGUGUUGAGUGGGCAAAAUACCAGGAGCGUGAGAGAAAGAAGGAGGAGGAGGAAAGAGAGAAAGAACGUGUGGCGUAUGCCCAAAUCGACUGGCACGACUUUGUAGUGGUUGAGACGGUGGAUUUCCAGCCCAAUGAACAAGGCCACUUCCCUCCACCCACCACACCAGAGGAGCUCGGCGCUCGCAUCCUAAUCCAAGAGCGCUAUGAGAAGUAUGGAGAAAGUGAGGAGGUGGAGAUGGAGGUUGAGAGUGAGGAUGAGGAGGAUGAUCGGGAGGGUCGGGACGAAGGCCAUCCCUCACAACCUGAUCAAGACACACAAGUGCAGGACAUGGAUGAGGGAUCUGAUGAAGACGAUGAUGGCAUGAAGGCUCCACUGCCACCAGACAACCCUAUGCCACCCCCUCUGCCCCCAACUCCAGACCAGGUUAUUAUUCGCAAAGACUACGACCCCAAAGCUUCCAAACCUCAGCCCUCAGUCGCAGUUCCGGAUGAGUACCUCAUUUCACCAAUUACUGGUGAGAAGAUCCCAGCCAGUAAGAUGCAAGAGCAUAUGCGCAUUGGUCUGCUGGAUCCACGCUGGCUGGAGCAGAGAGACCGCAUUAUCAAAGAGAGGCAGACAGAGGAUGAAGUCUAUGCUCCUGGAUUGGAUAUCGAGAGCAGCUUGAAACAGCUGGCUGAGAGGCGUACCGAUAUCUUUGGUGUGGAAGAGACAGCCAUCGGUAAGAAGAUCGGCGAAGAAGAAAUCCAGAAGCCAGAGGAGAAGGUUACCUGGGAUGGCCACUCUGGAAGCAUGGCUCGCACACAGCAAGCAGCACAGGCCAACAUCACCCUGCAAGAGCAGAUCGAAGCCAUUCACAAGGCCAAAGGACUGGUGGGAGAGGAUGAUACUAAGGAGAAAAUUGGCCCAAGCAAGCCAAGUGAAAUUCAUCACCAGCCUCCCAUCCCCUCCUCUGCAGCCAGUUUGCCUAAACCCAGUCCUCCUGUCACUGCAGUGCCUCGCCCGCCAUCCUCUUUUCUUGUUAAACAGGUGGCACCUCCAGUGCGCACCACACUCCUGUCUGCUGUUCCUGUAAUUCCAAGACCCCCUGUGGCUCCUGUGGUCCGACUUGCACCAGGACAAGUUAUAACACCAAUGCCUCCCAUGAUUCCUGCUCCCCGCAUCAAUGUUGUCCCCAUGCCACCAUCAGCGCCUCACAUCAUGGCCCCAAGACCACCCCCAAUGGUUGUUCCAGCAGCAUUUGUCCCAGCUCCUCCAGUGCCACAACCACCAAGCUCUGCUCCCGCACCACCUUCCCACCCACCCCCACCUCACGAGGAUGAGCCAGUCAGCAAGAAGAUGAAAACAGAGGACAACCUUAUUCCAGAGGAGGAGUUCCUGCGCAGAAAUAAGGGUCCAGUGGCAGUUAAAGUACAGGUCCCCAACAUGCAGGACAAGACUGAAUGGAAGCUGAAUGGCCAAGUGCUGAAUUUCACUGUCCCUCUCACAGACCAGGUGUCUGUUAUUAAAGUCAAAAUCCAUGAAGCAACAGGCAUGCCAGCAGGAAAACAGAAGUUACAGUAUGAGGGGAUUUUUAUCAAGGAUUCCAACUCCCUGGCUUAUUACAACAUGAGCAAUGGCUCAAUCAUUCACUUGGCGCUGAAGGAGAGAGGAGGAAGAAAGAAGUGAGCCAUACAGCAAGAAGAAGAUUUUACUUCUGGAUGUUUUGUCAGGCUGUCUUGUCAUGUCAUUUUAGUAUAAUGAUCAUUUUCAGAAUUAUAUUGCACUUUUCAUACAAUUUUGUGUGAAUGGCAUGUUCUUAAAUGUUAACUAAAAGAAUGGUAAACUGGCUGGCAGACAUGGCUUCACACUAUUGGUUGAAUUCCUUAUUUGUUCAUGAUGAUAUACAGCGCGUGGUAACUGUAAAGCCCCAUAAUGUUGACCCAUUUAAAUAAAGGAAUAAAAAACA